AUAGUUGUGUGUUUAAGACUCGCAAAAAGAGUCAAAUCUGAAGAGUGAAAAAACUUACAGUCAGCAGCUUAGAGGAGAGAGAAAGCGAAAGAGAGAGAAAGAAAAAGAGAAAGAGAAAGAGAAAGACAGCAAAUUUCUUCUUCUUCCUGUUCUUGUUGUUGUUACCGUCAGCAGAAUCAAAGUAUCUCUUCAUCUUCAGGAGAAGCCGGAGAUAGCUGUUUCUAUUUACCUUUAUAAUUCCUGCAUUUUUAGGUACUAAUUAAUUAGUUAUUACCCUAUUUUAUUUUUUAUUUAUUUAUUUUUGUUUUUAUUUGUGUACUUUUAUACUUAUCUUCAAGACUUAUACUCACCAAUCCAAAUCUAGAAUUUGUACAUUGUCUUUCCUGAAUUUGAAUAGCCUUUAUGUAGGUAAACUUGGUCUAUUUUGUAAGCUGGUAAAUGCUUUAUUAAUUGUAGUUUAAGUGUUUGAAGAAAUUCAGCUGUGAAUCCCCAUUAGGUUGUUUAAUUUAUGUGGGUAUUUUUGAAAGGUAUGAUCUUUGAAGUUUGAAUCUGUGUUCACAACUUGAAAUUUACUGCUUCUAUCCACAUGGGUUAGGUGUAUACUCUCAUUUCAUCUUCCUAAGGUCAUUAUAAAUCAUUGGGUUUUCUUUAUUUUUAUCUAAAUUUGGUCCAUUUUGUAAGCUGGUAGAUGCUAUUGAUUGAAGUUUAAAUGUUUGAAGAAAUUCAGCUGUAAAUCCCCGUUAGGUUGUCCAAUUAUAUGGGUGUUUUUGAAAAGUAUGAUCUUUGAAGUUUGAAUCUGUCUUCACAAUCCACAUGGCUAAGAAUACUAUGUGAUAAGGAGCUAAUUGGAAAGAAAUAGGUAAUGUAGUUUUGUUGUUCUUGCAAAGCUCCAAGUGAGCGGCUCUGGUAAAGUAGUGGAACCUAUAAUUGGAUAUGAGUUUGCUGAAGGGGACAUGCUCGAGUUUAGGCAAGCUGAUAUUCCUGCCCUGUUUCUGGUCUUUGUUGUACUACCAGUGGUUUUGUACAUCUUACUUGGGAAAUGGAGUGAGGCUUCACGCAAAAAAGAGAGGGUAAAGUUUCUGGUUGAAGAGGCAUUUGUGGAGCCUUUUAGAUCAGAAGCAAUGGCAGCUUCCAGUGAUAUUCCUACUGUUGUACCUCGUUCAACUACUGCUUUUUGGGAGUGUGCUAGGUGCAGCAUUCCAGCUACAACACGCUGCUCUCGAUGCAAGUCAGUUCGUUAUUGUUCUGGGAGGUGCCAGAUAGUUCACUGGAGGCAAGGUCACAAAGAGCAAUGUCAGCCACCGGAUGAUAAUUACUCAUCCUUUAAGCCUACUUCACUAGCAGAAGUUGAUAGUGAAAGUAGUCACAAAGGUGCAUAUGAUCAGUACAGUGACUUUUCAACCCCACAGCCGCUUGGUGUUAAUUUAAGUGUUGAUUUCCCUGUUGGUGCAACAGCUUCUAUUGAUGCUAAACGAGAGAAAAGAGCCUCGCAAAAGCGAGCUACUCGCAAAUCCUCUAAGGAAGCGCCAGAUAUCAAAGAUAGAGAAGUUUCCAUCUCUGCUGAUGCAUACUUGAGCAGUAAUCCAGAAUCCUCCAAUAAGGCUGGAACCAGGCAUAAGUUAAGAGGUAGGGACCCCACAAACUCAGAGGAUGGUUUUUCUGAAAUUCAUAUCAUCAAUGGCUCUAUGAGUUGUGAUAAGUAUAAUGAACAGAGAAGGGCAUUGCAACAAAGUUCUGGAGUCAAAAGUCAGACAAGAGAAUCAUUAUCGUCCUCUACAAGAGCCAUGGAUUUGGCUUCAGGGUAUAAUAUGCCAAUAAGAGAAGUAGCCAGCUGCAGGGAAGAUCUUUCAAAGAGGAAAAACAUCUCUCAGAUGGCCUCAACCUGUGAGAGCUUGGUAUCUAAAAGUGCAGCAGACCCUGAAUGUGUCAAAUUGUCUGAAUCUGCUAAGUGUAUACGUAAAGCAGCAAGAGGACAUCCACACAUGGAAAAAGUGAGAAAAGGACUUGGUGUAUCAGGGUCUACAAAGGCCAUUGGUUCUAUGAAUUUAUCAAAGAUAGCCAGAAAGGUGACCUCUGACAUUAAUAAUGAUAGCCAUAUGAAAGUGAAGAUGCUGUUCCCUUUUGAAGAAUUCACGAAGUUCUUCGAAAUUGAGGUCUUUGACUUGAGGCCUCGAGGCCUUUUGAACUGUGGAAACAGUUGCUAUGCUAAUGCUGUGCUGCAGUGUUUAACCUGCACAAAACCUCUGGUCAUCUACCUGUUGAACCGAACACAUUCAAGAACCUGCCGCCUCAAUAAUUGGUGUCUAAUGUGUGAGUUAGAGCAACAUGUGCACAUGUUAAGAGACAAUGCUGGGCCUUUGUCUCCAAGUAGAAUUUUAUCACACAUACGGAGUAUAAACUGCCAGAUGGGUGAUGGAAGUCAGGAAGAUGCACACGAAUUUUUAAGGCUUCUAGUUGCAUCAAUGCAGUCAAUAUGUCUAGAAGAAGUGGGUGGUGAAAAGCAGGUUCAUCCCAUUUUGCAGGAAACUACAUUUGUUCAGCAAACAUUUGGUGGGCGCCUGAGAUCACUGGUUGUCUGUUUGAGAUGUAACCAUGAAUCAGAACGAUACGAGAACAUUAUGGAUCUGACAUUGGAGAUCUUUGGAUGGGUUGAAUCACUGGAAGAUGCACUUGCUCAGUUCACUACUCCUGAGGAUUUGGAUGGAGAGAACAUGUACAAAUGCGGAAGGUGCGCUGCUUAUGUACGGGCCAGAAAGCAGCUGUGCAUAGAUGAGGCCCCUAACAUUCUUACAAUUGUCUUGAAGAGGUUUCAGGAAGGAAAUUAUGGGAAGAUAAACAAAUGCAUCACGUUUCCAGAUAUGCUGGACAUGGUCCCUUUUAUGACCGGGACAAAUGACAGCCCACCACUUUACAUGCUUUAUGGUGUUGUUGUGCAUGUCGAUACGCUAAACGCUUCAUUCUCUGGACAUUAUGUAUCUUACAUAAAGGAUUUGCAGGGAAAUUGGUUCAGCAUAGAUGAUACAGUGGUCCAACCAGUGCCAAUGAGCCAGGUGAUGUCGGAAGGAGCAUAUAUCUUGUUCUAUAUGAGAUCCUUUCCUCGACCACCAAGAGCAUUAAUGAAGAAUGCUAAAAAGCCGCAAGCACCUAAGUCGUCAUGGUCUUCCGUGUCUAAAACAAAUAAUUCCCGAAAAAUAGGACUAGAUAUUCACAGAGCCAACAGAGUCAAUCAGGCCAUGGAAACUUACGUUGAUCCAGAAUUCAUGGAUUUUUCCGAUGCUACAACCAGUGACUGGUCUCUGUUCACAAGUUCAGACGAAGCAUCUUUUACCAGUGAAAGCACACGAGAUUCAUUCAGUACGGUCGAUUAUAAAGAUAAUUCCAAUAUCGAUCCAUAUUCCUCAAUGUUUGGCGCUCAUGAACGCUCCUCUCAGAGAAUGGUUUCGUGUAGCAUGUUUUCAGGCAGCAAGCCUGUAACAAGAUACAUUUCCGAGGAGAAGGGGUACAUUUUAGAUUCAGAUCACACGGUUUAUCCGCUCGAUACAAUGCAAGUAGACGGAAAUAGGGGGCAGGACAGUUUUCCUUUUUACGAAUCUUUCCUGUCGGGUAGCGAGUACCAAAAUUUUGUAAAUUACGAAAGAACCGCCUGUGAUAGUUUUAUUCAGACUUUUGCUGAUGUUCAUCUGCAGUAGGUAGCAUUUAGCCUGGUAGGAACAUUGUCCCAAUUUUUCACAAUUUCAAUCUACUUGUUGAAUGGGGGCAAUUGUUAAUAUUGUAGUUGUAAGAACAUUUGAGGUCUUUAUUUGAAAUUCUCCCUAAACGAAAAAGGUGUUGGGAAUUCAUAGAAUAUAUAACAUAUUCUGAGGCUACAGCUAUUAGCUGGUGGCUGUAGUUUCAUGAUAUGUUAUAUACUUUAUCAAAAAUAUUUUUGUGUACAUCGAUAAUCUUAUGCUAUGGGCAUUGAUGGUGCUUGAUUUCUUGUGCAUACGCAGAUGUACUGGUGUCAUGAGAAUUUUAUCGAUUGUAUGUAAAGUUUCAGGCUUGCUCUCUUGUAAGAUCGAAGUGAGUAUUAAUACGUUAAUUAACGUGUAUUUUGGAAUAAUAAUGGCGUUUUUAUCCAUCAAUAUGAUUUUUUUGGUAAAACAAACAUAAAACAUGAAUGUGGUGAUAUAUAUUACUCGCUUUUAUGCUUUUGAAAUAGAACUUGUUUGUGAUUAAGUUAAUCUCAUCGAUAAAUUUAUUCAUGAGAUAAAGUAGAAAAGUAAGUCACUGUCAUUUACAUGCGCCUAAAACCAUUUCACAAUCCGGUGAGGUAGUAGUAUGUACGAACCAAGCACAAGAAACACAUUUUCUCAAUUGUAUCAACAUAUCUUUUAUAACAACAAA